CAUUAUGUCAAGAUGUCAAAAUUGAAUAUAAUGUCAAAAAAUAAAAUCAAAAUUUCGGGAAAUGUAUCUUUACAAUGUGAGUGAAAAAAACCUCUCAUAUCCAUGCAUCAGCUGCCCUCUCAUCAGUGAACAGUCAUUCUGUCAAAAUCCAGCUCCACGAAACAUGACCAUGAAUAGAGAAGCUUUGGAAUAUGUAGACUCAAAAUAUUCUGAAAUCGGUUUUUCGGGCCAGAAUCAUCGCAAAAAAUUAUUGAGAAAUAUCUUCACAAAACUGAGGAGUCCAUCUAGUAUAGAGCUUCAAGCCCUUUUGAGUAUGAGCAGAGAAUCUUGCAGGGUCAUAUCCGAUAAAAACUAUAAUUUUCAACAUUACUGGAGUCAAAUACUUCAUCAAACGGAAUUACGAAACAAGAAUGCCACGGGUCCAGACGUUAAACACAGAAAUAUAGCUUGCUUAUGCAAACCUGUCAAUGAAAUCAGCAGAGGAAAAGAAGAAGUCGUGGAAUAUGAUACAGUUAAAAACAAGGGAUGUCUUUGUAUUCCUAGGUAUGUCACUGACCCUUCCGAAAAAAAUAUAAGAAAAUCGUUUGAGACUGAACGAGAAAAGAAAUGGAGCAAACGAAAUGAUGAAAAAAUUUCCACUUCUGAAAGUGACAGUUCUAAAGAAAUAAGAGUGUGUUUACCGUUGGAUCCCGACGAAUUUGGAGGAACCUCCCAUGGAAAAGGAAUCAAACUAGUUAUCUAUGGGGACAAAAAGUCGUAUGACUGUAAGUGUCGUAAUGAAGGUGUGGCUCAAAAAGAAAGUUCCAGUUAUGAGUGCCUAGCCUGUACUAUUUCGAAAAACCCGCAAUUUAAGAAUCUUCUCACCGAAUUAGCAAACGGAGAUAAGAAUAAACAGAAGAAAACCAGGGUACCCUCACGGUUCCCAACAAAACUUUCUACGACUUUUCCAUUCUUCAAGAAAAAACAUAAAAAUAUUCAAGUUCUUCAGUGUUCUGACAAAUGCGAGCAAACCUGUUCUGAAGAAUACGAAAAAAAAGUCGACAAAGCUUGCAGUUGUACAUGUUGUCCAAAACCUGAACUCGUGAAAAAGAUUCGUAGUUCUCAUUGUGAUUGUGUUAAAUGUGGAAAGGUUGACUUACAAAAAUUUGUUACGAAUUGCCCCACAUGUAAGUGUGGUCGUGAUGAUGCUUUGAAGUUGAUAUUGAAAAUGGAAGCAAAACAGAACUAUCGCCAAAUCAAACAUAUUUUCAAAGAGAUAAAGGACCAGCGGAAUGAAAUUAAGGAUUUGCACAAGAGAUAUACCAGCUUGAUGAAAAUGCAAAUUACCAGAUCUAGUAGUGGGGACGGUUCUGAAAGAUUCAAAGAAUAUAUCAAUGACCUUCGAAAAUUGGAAUAUGGAUUCAGAUCAAUGGACCAUCACGAAGAAAAUAAUAUGAAGCAGCUCAAGGAUGCGAUUAACCAAUCCACUGUAAAUAAACUGAAUGAACCAGAAAAACUAGAUGCCGUUACUGAUACUAAUGAAACUGAUGAGAAGCAUAUUGCCAAAUUUUCCGAGUUAUCUUUGUUUGCUGUGAACAACGGAAUAUUGGAAAAUGAAGUGAAAUAUGAAAAGCCAGUAGCUGUAGAAAGUGUAUCGGAAAAAAGUGACGUGCCGACCAACAAAGAAGACAGCUGUAUAUGCCUCAAACAAAAAUAUACAAAAUGUGGAAAUUUUUGGAGGAAUCUAUUUGGAAAGGAGAAACCUUGUCCAAAGAAAUGUGACUGCAAAAAUAAGAUACUGAUAGGAAAGUGCAAAAAUAUUCUUGAGAAAAAGGUUAAAG